AUGGUAAUACUUCUCACGGGCGGCACGUGCAAGACUUCCAAACACGUUGCGCCUUUGCAGGAUGCGAAGAUUCCCUUCCUCUUAGCCUCCCGUAGAGCUGAGGCCGCAGCUCCGGCCGCAAUGCCAGCGACAAAGUAUGACUGGCUUGACUGCUCAAGUCACGAGAAUCCAUUCCAGCACGUAUUACCUAAUGGAGCGAGCAUUUCCGUUGUCUAUCUCAUUGCUCCUGGGUUGCAGGAUCCUGCACCUUCAAUGAACGCUUUCCUCGAUCUUGCAGUCGAGAAGCAUGGUGUCAAGCGAUUCGUUCUCCCGUCUGGUAGCUCACUGACGAAGGGUAGGUAUUACACAGGGCAAGUGUGGCAGCACCUGGAGGACAUCGGCGUUGAUCAUACUGUGCUCCUAGCUGCAUGGUUCACAGAGAGUUUCUCGAAUUUUUCGCAUCCGAUCACCAUUAAAAAUGAGAGUAAGAUCUACACCGCUUGUGAAGAUGGCAAGAUCCAAUUCGUCAGCGCCACGGAUAUUGCGACUGUCGCCUUCCAUGCGCUCACAGAUACGAACCCGCACAAUACCGACUAUAGGAUCCUCGGUCCUGAGCUAUUGGCCUACGAUGAGAUUGCGGCCAAAAUCAGCAGCGGGUCGGGACGCAAAGUCGUGGAUGUCAAGAGCUCUGAGCAAGAGAGGGUACACAAAUUCAUGAGCAUGCACAUGCCGGAACAGUUCGCGAGGUUCAUGACCUCCCUCGAAGUCUCGAGUGCAAAUGAAACGGAGGAUAGGAUGAAUGAUGUCGUAGAGAAUGUGACGGGACGGCCUCCGCAGGGCAUGUGUCAAACAUGGACAGGGUGA